AUGCACCCGUACAACAAAUCUCAGUCCAGACUGGACCAUCUCUCCUCUGAGGGUCCUCUGGGCCAGGGUCACCUUGGGUACUCCGGAUCUUCGGUUUGUGCACCAGAGCAGUCAACAUCAACGUAUACGAGCUGCCACAAGGAAUCUGCAGAUUUAUGCCAUCGAGACUUGCACUGCCCGGUCUGCCUGCAGCCUGCCAGCUUCCCAGUCCAGACCAACUGUGGCCAUUUGUUCUGUGCUCCCUGUUUGAUCGCCUACUGGAGACAUGGGUCGUGGUUGGACGCAAUCAGCUGCCCUCUCUGUAGACAGAAGGUCAGCGUGCUGUGCCAUCUAUUCAACGAGAGCCGAUCAGACCGACAGUCGAAGGAAGUUCUUGGGGAAAUCACAGAUUACAACAAGCGUUACUCUGGAGCCCCACGACGGGUAACAGACUACCUCUGUGACGCACCCCUUCUCCUGCAGUUACUGGCCCGUGGCCUUGGCACCAUGGGAGGUCUUGUCUGGCUGUUUUUAUUCAGAGUGGCCCUGUGCUGCGUGGGGACCGUGGUGUCCAUCUCCUCCCCUCCUCUGGACCCACUCUCUUCUUCAUCAGCAAGCCCCAUGGAGACAGACCCCUCCCUAUGGGGACUGCUGGGCGUCCUGGAUGACCUGGUGGUGGUGAUCCUGCUCCUUAUCUGCGUUAUCAACAUCAACCAGCAAAUGGUGCCGGAGACCGGAGGACAUUCUGCCAAUGCUACAACCUCACGAGGAGUAAUGGGGACUUCACUGUAG